CUCUCCUUCGCUCUGGUGAAGAUGGUGAUGAAGCCCCUGCCCCCCGAGCCGGCUCCCAGCGCAGCCGGCGAGAUGAAGAAGGUGGUGGCCCUGUAUGACUACUCGCCCAUGAACGCGCAGGACCUGCAGCUGCAGAAGGGCGAGGAGUACUUCAUCCUGGAGGAAAGCCACCUGCCCUGGUGGAAAGCCCGCGACAAGAACGGGAGGGAAGGCUACAUCCCCAGCAACUACGUCACUGAAACCAGCAAUUCCCUGGAGAUCUUUGAGUGGUACUCCAAGAACAUCACCCGGAGCCAAGCAGAGCAACUGCUGAAGCAGGAGGGGAAGGAAGGGGGCUUCAUUGUCCGAGACUCGACCAGCAAGACAGGCAAAUACACCGUCUCCGUCUAUGCCAAGUCCUCUGUGGACCCCCAAGGCACAAUUCGCCACUACGUCGUAUGCUGCACCCCCCAGAAUCAGUACUACCUGGCGGAAAAGCACCUCUUCAACACCAUCCCGGAGCUCAUCACGUACCACCAGCACAACUCUGCCGGGCUCAUAUCCAGACUGAAAUACCCCGUGUCUCAACACCAGAAAAGUGCUCCUUCCACAGCUGGCCUCGGCUACGGGUCGUGGGAGAUUGACCCGAAGGAUCUGACUUUCCUGAAGGAACUGGGGACAGGGCAGUUUGGAGUGGUGAAGUACGGGAAAUGGAGAGGCCAGUACAACGUCGCUAUCAAGAUGAUCAGGGAAGGCUCCAUGUCAGAGGAUGAGUUUAUCGACGAAGCCAAAGUCAUGAUGAACCUGUCUCAUGAGAAGCUGGUACAGCUCUACGGGGUCUGCACCAAGCAGCGUCCUAUCUUCAUCAUCACUGAGUACAUGGCCAACGGCUGCCUCCUGAACUUCCUGAGGGAAUCUCGGCGGCGGUUCCAGCCCUCUGAGCUGCUGGAGAUGUGCAAGGAUGUCUGUGAAGCUAUGGAGUACCUGGAAUCCAAGCAGUUCUUGCACCGAGACCUGGCUGCUCGCAACUGUUUGGUGAACGACCAAGGAAUUGUGAAAGUCUCAGACUUCGGCCUUUCCAGGUAUGUUCUGGACGAUGAGUAUACAAGCUCCAUGGGGUCAAAGUUUCCAGUUCGGUGGUCGCCCCCUGAAGUCCUUCUGUACAGCAAGUUCAGCAGCAAGUCUGACGUCUGGGCUUUUGGUGUUCUGAUGUGGGAAGUUUACUCCCUGGGAAAGAUGCCUUAUGAGAGGUUUAACAACAGCGAGACAACAGAGCACGUCAUCCAAGGCCUGCGCCUCUACCGACCGCAGCAGGCCUCAGAGCGGGUCUAUGCCAUCAUGUACAGCUGCUGGCAUGAGAAAGCUGAGGAGCGCCCCACGUUCACCAUGCUGCUGGCCAGCAUCCUGGACAGCACGGACGAGGAGCCGUGACCGUCCGAGCUGGGCCGUCGCUGCCCGCUCGCCCCUGCCUGGCACCGGUGGCUGGGACC